AUGUCUUCACCCGCACCGAAAUCUCCCGAGAUGUCCGACAAAAGCCGCAAAUAUGAUAGGCAAAUCAGACUUUGGGGUGAACAUGGUCAAACGGUGCUGGAAAAUGCGCAAAUCUGUCUGAUCAAUGCGACGGCCCUCGGUACCGAAGUACUGAAGGGCAUUGUGCUACCCGGCAUUGGUGGUUUCACUAUUGUGGAUCAUCGGCCCGUCACGGAGGAAGAUGUCGGGUGUAACUUUUUCCUCGAUCUCGACGCAGUUGGCCAACCGAGAGCGAAACGAUGCAUGCAGCUGCUACAGGAACUGAAUCCCGAUGUCAACGGUGAUUACGUUGACGAGCACGUGGAACAGCUGAUCGACGGGCAGCCGGACUUUUUCCGCAGCUUUGACGUUGUAGUGGCAACCUCCAUCAGCGAGCGAACAAUCAUGCGCUUGUCGAACGUACUGUGGGACCAGAAUAUUCCGCUAAUCGUCGCACGGUCCGUUGGGUUUUACGGUGUCGCUAGAUUGCAGUUGCGUGAACAUUGCGUCAUCGAAACGCAUCCGGACAACAAGCAGACGGACCUGCGGCUAGAGCACCCCUUCGAGGAGCUGAAAAAACACAUGCAGGAAACGGAAAUUACGAACAAAGUCCCGUGGUUGGUUGUGCUGUACAAAUUUUUGCAAGAGUGGGUCACCACACACGAUGGCCGCUAUCCGACGACCUAUCGGGAGAAAUCCGAGCUUAGAGAACUGAUUCGUUCGAAGAUGGACGGUGAGCAAGAGAAUUUCGAGGAGGCUGUUAAAGCGGUCAAUUCAAGCUUUGGUGGUGGAAAGCCUUCAUCGUCCGUGCGCGAGAUACUGGAAGAUGAUCGAUGUGUCAAUGUAAAUACCGAGAGCAAUGCUUUCUGGAUUAUGGCACGCGCACUGAAAGACUUUGUGGACAAUGAGGGUAACGGUUUGCUACCGGUUCCCGGUGUUCUGCCCGACAUGACAGCCGAUACGAACUCGUACAUUAGCUUGCAAACGGUGUACCGCAACCAGGCAGCACACGAUGCCGAGAUUGUGUUUCGUCGCUCACGUCAACUGCUGAAGGAGCUGAACAAACCGAACGAUCUUAUCACCGACAAGGACGUUCGGCUGUUUUGUCGCGAAGCGGCCAACAUUGCGGUUAUACGCGGUACGAAGAUUACUGACGAGUUCGACAAGGGUUACCAUCGUUCGUCGCACAUCGCUAGCGUGCUGGAAACGCCCAACUCACUGAUGGGUCAUUACAUUGUGCUUCGCGCGUUGGACCGGUUUCAGGCGGACUAUGGUUGUUUGCCGGGUGAGAGCGAAGCGGAAUCCGACACCACCGGUAUGAAGAGCAUUGCCGCAAAGAUGCUAAGCGAAUGGGGCAUCGGUACGCCGCUGAGCGAUGAUUUGGCAUAUGAAAUAUGUCGAUAUGGAGGCGCAGAAAUACAUAGCAUUUCUGCGUACCUCGGUGGUUGCAUUGCGCACGAGCUGAUCAAGCUAGUGACGCGACAGUAUCGUCCGUUUGAUAAUACGUUCAUCUACGAUGGUUCAACCUCACAGACGGAAACCUAUAAAUUAUAA